UCCUAGGCUUCUCAUAUGGAUCUCCAAACUCAAACACAGAGAAUCAUAAGCCUUUAUUUCAUUAAAAAACAUGCCUAUAUUUAUGUAUGUUCCUUGUUCCUUUUAAUUGCCACCAUUUUGAUUGCAAUCUCAAGUAUUGUAAAGCCUUUUGAUCUCCAAUAUUCUGUUUACCAACAUAAACAACAAAGUUGUGACUAUUCUAAUGGACAAUGGGUUUGGGAUGAGAACUACCCUUUUCAUAGCUACAAUGAGACUUGCAAGUUCCUCGAUCCUGGUUUUCGUUGCCGUGAGAAUGGACGUACUAAUCAAAGCUUCCGUCAUUGGCGAUGGAAACCUCAUGGGUGUGAUUUUCCUAGAUUCAAUGCAAGUGAUUUUCUAGAGAGGAGCAGAAAUGGAAGGAUUGUAUUUGUCGGAGAUUCAAUAGGGAGAAACCAAUGGGAGUCACUAUUGUGCAUGCUAUCAAUAGUAGUUUCAAACCAAUCAUCAAUGUAUGAAGCAAAUGGAGUUCCCAUAACUAGACAUAAAGGCUAUUUCUCCAUCAUUUUUCAAGAAUUCAACCUCAGUGUUGAGUAUUACCGCGUCCCCUUCCUUGUGCGUGUAAGCCGUCCACCUCCAAAUUCGCCGGAACAAGUACGUGGAACCAUUAAGGUUGAUAAGCUCCACUGGUGGUCGGAAAAAUGGCUAGGAGCAGAUGUCUAUGUUUUCAAUAGCGGUCACUGGUGGAAUCAGGCAAAAACCAUCUCGUCAGGCAUCUAUUUUCAGGAAAGAGGGGUUGUAAAUAUGACAAUGGAUUAUACAGAAGCAUUUCAACGGUCAAUGAAGACGUUGAAGUCAUGGGCAGAAGAGAAGUUAAAUCCACAAAGAAGCCACAUAAUCUUUCGAAGCUAUGCUCCAGUUCAUUACAGGCACUGCACUUUAUGCUUUUUUACAUUAAAAUUGAGGAAUAUGUUUCAAAAUUUACAAGAUUGUGAAUAUUUCAGGAAUGGAACAUGGGAUACAGGAGGUACUUGUAGAGAUAGGCAGGCACCUGAGACAAGCAAAAAGAAGCUGCAGGAAGACCCGCCGUUCAACCAAUAUAUACUAGACGUUGUCAACGAAAUGGAAGCUGACAAGAUGAAGGUCAAUUUUUCAAACAUUACAUAUCUGUCUGAGUUAAGAGCGGAUGGCCACCCAUCAAUCCAUCGUGAGCCACUUUCUCAACAACACUCUAUAGAAGACUGCAGCCAUUGGUGUCUUCCAGGAGUUCCAGACAUAUGGAAUGAACUUCUUUACUCUGAAUUACUGGCUAAAGAUUUUAGAAUUAAGAGAUAAGGUUGAUCACAUCAUGCAUUUGGC